AUGCUGCAAUGCGCGCCCCCGCCCUUCUCAGCCGUGCCGCCUCUCCCCCGCUGUCACUUUCCCGCGAGCGGCAGACCACUCGCGGUGGGCGUCCUGGCGCCCAUGCAGCGCUCGCCGGUGGCCGACGGCCGCUUCGUUGUGUGCUCCCCGACGCAGUGGGAAGCGCUCUCCUCGCCCCUCUCGCCGCCGCCGCCGCCGUCGUCGUCGUCGUCCAGCACCGAGAGCGACGGGAAAGGCGCACCGGCGAGCCCCGUUGCGGGGGCGCCGCGCCCGCUUGAGGGCGUCGUGCGGCGCCCAGUCCGGCGACCAGGCACCACCAGCUGCCCUGCGACGGCUGAAGUGCGGGGAAGCGGUGGGGUGUGGCCUUCCGCCGCUACGCCCCCCUUGUCGCCGGGCAGUACGGAAGGCAGGGGCGCCCUCACGCCUGGCAAGUCGCCGACUCCGGCCUCGCCUCCUUCCGGCUCAGACGCGGAAGCCUCAUGGGCAUCUACUUUAUUCGCCCGCUACCCGUACUACAAUUCAAAUACUCCGUUUCCCCUCACUGUGGUUGACGCGCAACAGAAAUUGAGGCGACGACACCGCGACCCGGGUGCCGCUGCGUCGCCGACGAUUCCCCAAACGGCGGCAAACUGCAGUAGAGAUGCCGCACCUCCCCCCCUAACCGUGUUGGACAUGAACCAGGCUAUUCAGCGAAGCAUGGAAGAGUACGAGCGGGCGACGUCGCGUCUCACCAGCAGCAUUUCCUUUACUCACGUCCACAAGGGCAAAGGUGUGGGCGAGGCGGACACGACGGGCCCUAGUGCACGUCUAUUUGAUUGCUUGAGAGAACUUCGACUUGAGUCCGAUGUUAACGGAUUUGUGGCGGCUUUCUUCUCCGCCAAUGGAUACGGCGAGGCACAACGCUCCUUUAGGAUGCACUUACCGUUGGCGGAGCAACAACUCCAAAGCUGCCUGUACCAUUAUCAUCGAAAGCAGCAGCAGCAGCAGCAGCAAGAGCGUCAGCGUCGUUAUUUGGCCCCAACUCCGUCGGCGCAGCAGGAAAGGCCGGAGGCGCUGUCGUCACCGACGUACGCCAUGACGAGUGAUGACUUGUUGCUCCUCGUGAUGGAGACUGUGCGACGCAGGCAGCUCCUCAACGACAGCCUUCCCUGGCGGGAGGUUAACUGCCGGCGAAGAGAUUAUCGUCUGGAGCCGUUGAUGCGGCAGCCGAGGUCGCAGGAGCACACACCUACGCAGCGCGACAGCGAUAGCGCAGCUUCGUGCGGCUCCGCUGUUGGUGGGUCGUUGGAUCUCCUCAUUGAGGUCCUCAUUCUUGCCGAGACGGACGUCCCUUUCACCAUGGGAAUGCCGCUCAUGAACUACACCAACACCUUCAUAGUCCUCGCCUCUUUGUUCGUGACGCCGGAGGUGUUGCUCGUGCGACUGAUCCGCCUGUUUCGCCACGUACAGCAGGAAGUGCUUUUGGAUGACAGCCGCCGCGUGUUUCUGCAGCGCCGCAUCGUCCAGUUUAUGACUGCCUACUGCAUAUAUCAUGAGGCGGAUGUGACGUACGCUCUCCUGGAGCGUCUCCGACGUUUUUUGCGGGGGCUGCGUGUCACACCUCCGCUGGGGCAUUCCUCACGCAACGCCCAUCCCGCCGACUGGGACGCGGCACUGCCGCCAGCGACGGCCACGCAACAAAUACUGGAAGGUUUCCCUGUCGUGAAUGCCGAAGUUGCACCGCGUCUCAACGAGUUGUCCGCGUUUGUUGAGCGCACCGUAGAAGAAACUUGCAUGGGGCCGAACGAGGGCAGUCAGAACGUCUGCUGCCAACCGCGUUUAACAGCGCCCGUGAAGCCGUUAGGCACCCUAUUGCCGGCGUCAACACAACAGGCUGGUGGGGCGCAAGCGGAGGAUGGCGUCGGGGCAGCCUUGCACGAAGCGUGUCUAAAAAGGGAUAGACAUCAAACGGCGCUUGCAUUUACGGCACUGGGGGCGGAAAUACUUGCAAUGCAGUUAUGCCUUCUCUCAUUUAAGUUGUUUGCCGAUAUUCGCUUGCGCGAGUUACUCAACAAUGCGUGGUGCGAUGAAACCAUGCGCAUGAGUGUGCCUACGUACUUAUCGCGGUUGAUUGAUUACUCCUCCCACGUGCAGCGAUGGGCGACGGCUGUGAUUGUGAGCCCGGCGCGAUGGUCCGAGUGCCAAAAGGCCAUGAGGCAAGCCAUUCGCCUGUGCCGUUGGCUGUACGAUCAGCAAAACUAUGAAAUGGCCUCGGCUGUGUUGGGCGGUCUGCAGCACCCUGCGGUGGCGGCGCUGGAGGAGUUGUACCAAAGACGGGUUGAGCCUCACGGCAUGUUAGGCGAUGAGGAGCGACGAGAGUUUGCGGCGCUGCAGAACCUCAUGGACCCGUUUGCCUCCCAAGCGAGCCCUUCUUCGUUUUCCUGCAUUAGCAGCCGCGCCCCGGAAGAGUCGCAGGCGCCGAUGAUUCCGCUGCUCGCACCACUUCUUGGCGUGCUUUUCCGCAGCGAGGAGGCGAAGGGGCAGACGGUGGAGUUGUCGCCCACGACUGGAGUUCCCAUCGUGAACUGGAGCAAAGUCAUGGCGAUUGGCUCAACCGUGUUUUUGUGGCUCCGCUGCCAAAACACGCCGUACGCGUACGCGCCCGACGACACGCUGCAGCACUACCUCUGGCAGUUGCCCGGCCAUGAGUUGCACGACGCAACCCUGAUGAGGAUUGCAAGGCGGAAGCGCCUGCCAUGA